AUGGAAUUGGAUUCGCUCGCAUUCUAUUUCAAGUUGCGCGUUGUGAGGUGGCUGACAGGGCUUCUUGCUUGGCUGGAUCGAAAAAGACAUCUCGCUUCAUCACUUACUCCGAGUUCCCGGGCAUCCAUCCCAUCGACUCUAUCCACAUCACCCGGCAAAUUCGAUGUUUUCUGGUAUUACCCAUCUGGCUACACCCAAGAGACCGUGAAAGAAGCACAAUACCCUAUCGUCGUAGUCCUUCAUGGAGGCGGGUGGUGUCUCGGGCAUGCCCGCCAUGACGAACGUUUCAUUGCUACGCUUGUAGCGCGCGGUGUCGUCGUUGGAGCGGUCAACUAUCGCCUCGCACCUGAGCAUCCCUAUCCUGCUCCCCUGGCUGAUUGUCUCGAUGCCAUACUCUACGUCUGGAAAAACGCUACCAUCAUGGGGCUAGACAAACACCGUACUUUCAUCACAGGCUUCAGUGUUGGUGGUCAGAUAGCAUUUGCAUCGCUAUUCAUGCUGUGGAAAGCACUGCAGGAUAGUGAUCCACGGAUUGAUCCUGCAGCACUAGGUACCGUGAAGGGUAUAACUGCGUUUUAUCCGCCAAUGGAUCUGACAAAAACCCGUCCUGAGAGGGCUGCCUCCAAUCCGGCGUUUGUUGCCCUUAAGAAGAAACCAGUGUCCUCUUCCACGCUCAUCGGUGACAUUUUUGACCAGGCGUACUUUUGGAAGCUGCAGGAAAAGCCCGAUAAAAGCCAAUUAUACCUUUCUCCGGGGCUUGCUCCUCCAGACGUGAUCAAGAUGGCAUUACCGGAGCGGAUAUUCAUUAAGCUUGCUGGCUUGGAUCCCUUGUUGGCUGAGGGUAAAGCUGCAGCUACGCGACUCAAGGAGUUGGGAAAGCAGGUUAGCUGCGAGACGACUGAGAAUGUACCGCACUAUUGGGACCAUUUAGCGAAGACAGAGUGUGAGAAAAGGCUCCGGCACACGGUUCACGAAAAGGCAGCGGACGAGAUUGAAGAGGUUCUAGAGAUCAGAAGAAACCUGUAG